AUGGCCGGUGGAGGCGAAGGUCCAGAUUUAGAGUGGACUCCGACAUGGGUGGUUGCCAUAGUGUGCUCUGUGAUAGUUGUUAUCUCUCUUAUGUUAGAGAGAGGCCUUCACUCGGCCGGGAACUACUUGAAAAGGAAGGAACAAAAUCCGUUGUAUGAGGCGUUGCUCAAGGUGAAGGAGGAGUUGAUGUUGGUAGGGUUUAUAUCUCUGCUACUGACCGUGUUCACGAAAACCAUCACCAAAAUCUGCAUCAAGGAGUCGAAAAUGGAUAAAUGGCUGCCAUGUCCACUCGGCGAGGAACCACAGGACAUGGACGAUUUGGAUCAAGAUACCCUGUUGAAGCUUGACGAUGAAUUGAGUUACUGUGCCAGAAAGGGUAAGGUACCAGUGUUAUCAGCUGAAGCUGUCCAUCAAUUGCAUAUCUUUAUAUUUACCCUAGCCAUUGUUCAUGUAACCUUCUCUGCUAUGACUAUUUUCAUCGGUGGGUUAAAGAUACGCCAAUGGAAACAGUGGGAGGAGUUAGUUGCAAAAGAGAUUAGUGAAAAGGAAUCUGUUGGUAGUGCAGACGAAGCAAAGGUUACAAAUGUUCAAGAGCAUGAUUUUGUCAAAGAUCAUUACUUGGGUAUCGGUGAAAAUAUUCGAAUCAAGGGUUGGAUACAUUCUUUUAAAAACCAAUUUUAUGGAUCUGUGACCAAAUCAGAUUAUCUAACUUUGCGUCUAGGCUUCAUCUCGACUCAUUGCAAGAACAACCCCAAAUUUGAUUUUCACACUUACAUGGUGCGUACUCUUGAAGAUGAUUUUAGAAAAGUUGUUGGUAUCAGUUGGUAUCUAUGGAUAUUCGUGGUGUUUUUUUUGCUGAUCAAUAUUGAUGGCGUGCAUGCGUACUUCUGGCUAGCUUUCAUCCCUUUCUUUCUUCUACUUGCUACAGGAACUAAGUUGCAGCAUAUAAUCACCCAAUUGGCUCACGAGGUUGCUGAGAAACAUGUAGCAGUAGAAGGGGAUCUAUUAGUUAAACCAUCAGACCAACAUUUUUGGUUUGGUCGACCCAGUUUUGUUCUCUUCUUGAUCCAUUUCAUCCUUUUCCAAAAUGCUUUCGAGAUGGCAUUUUUCCUUUGGAUAUGGGCUCAAUAUGGUUUUAGGUCUUGCAUAAUGGGAAAAGCCGAAUACAUUUUCCCUCGGAUUCUUAUAGGGACGUUCAUUCAGUUCCUCACUAGUUACAGCACUCUACCACUUUAUGCCAUUGUCACACAGAUGGGAUCUAAUUUCAAGAAAGAAAUAUUCGUUGAGGGAUCGAUCUGGCGGCGACACCCUUGCGAGGGUGGUGUUCAGGAUGUGAAGUUGGUGACAGCGUUGGGGAACCCUAAAGGCGAUCAUGCUUUGGCGACGAGGGGUGUUUCCACCUUUUCGUUCACGAUUGGUUUUGGACGUGAAUGA